AUGGCUCCUGGCGGCCUUGGGGCUAUUGUUGACUAUAUUCAUCAGGGGCCAUGGUACAAAACUAGAGGCAUCUUGGUCCUAAACAUUUUCCUUCUUGUCCCUCUUUUGACGUCAGUGAUUAAUGGCCUUGACUCCUCGUUGGUGAAUGGGCUCCAAAUCUCUCCGGAUUGGCAAGAUUACUUUGGCAAUCCAAGAGGAAAAACAUUGGGGCUUCUUAACUCUGCCCAAUUCUUAGGAAACCUUGUCGGCCUACCUUUCUCACCGUAUGUGUCCGAUACAUAUGGCCGUCGUGUAGCCUUGUUCUUGGGAAGUAUGAUUAUGUGCGCAGGUGUCGGACUACAGGCCGCGGCUUGGAGUAUCGCAGCGUUUAUCGGUGCUCGAUUCAUCAUUGGGUUUGGGCUCUCAUUUUGUACAAAUGCCGCCCCUCUACUUCUCAUCGAGCUCGCAUACCCCACACAUCGUGGAAGAAUAACUGCCAUGUUCAACUCCUGCUGGUAUCUCGGUAGCAUUAUCUCGGCAUGGGUCUGUUUCGGCGCAUUUGAUCACGCCAACGGUAGCCAAUGGUCCUGGCGUGUUCCUACUCUGGCUCAGGCUCUGGGCCCACUGAUUCAGAUUUUCUCUAUCUGGGCUAUGCCGGAGUCUCCUCGUUGGCUUGUUUCUAAGGGGAUGGAAUCCAAGGCUGCCGCUGUUCUAGCGAGGUAUCACGCGCCCACCAACGAUGUUUACGAUCAACUGGUGGUAUUCGAAAUGGCUCAGAUCCGGCACGCUAUCCGUAUAGAGGAAGAAAUCAGCAAGUCUACAUCCUACUGGUCUCUAUUUUCGAGCCCCGGUAAUAGGAAACGUAUGCGUAUCAUCUUGGGUAUUGCAGUAUUUUCGCAAUGGAGUGGAAACGGACUUGUGUCGUAUUACAUCAAUCUCAUUCUAGAAGGCGUUGGUAUCAUGAAGACGGAGACAAAAUCUAUUGUUAAUGGAUGCUUACAGGUCUUUAACUUUGGUGCAGCAAUGGGUGCAGCAAUGCUUGUGGAUUACGCUGGUCGUCGACCAUUAUUCUUAAUAUCAACUUCUGGGAUGCUCAUAACGUUUUGUAUCUGGACUGUUACGAAUGCAUUAUACAAUACUGUAGGGGACGUGAAUGCUGCAAAGGCUACUAUUCCUUUGAUAUUUGUUUUCUUUUUCUUCUAUGAUCUCGCGUAUACGCCCAUGCUUGUUGCAUAUACUCUGGAGAUUCUUCCUUUCAAGGUUCGAGCAAAAGGCUUUGCAAUCAUGAAUUUGGCAAUGAUGGCUGCAAUUGCCUUUAAUCAAUUUGUAAACCCGUGGGCACUUUCUGCGAUAAGCUGGUGGUAUUACGUCGUUUAUUGCGGUUGGCUUGUUUUCGAACUAGUCUUCAUCUUUUUCUUCGCUGUGGAAACUAAAGGGCGUACUCUGGAGGAAACUGCUGCUUUGUUCGACGGCGAAGAGCGACCAAACGAUCUGGCUGUUAUGGGUGACGCGGCUGCGAAUCCGACUGGAAAUCGCAGGCACAGCAUAAUUGUUAUUCACCCACAGGGACAAGACUCUUAUCGGGAGCGACAGACAAAAGUAGAAGAGCAGUAUGAAAUGAACAGGCGAUACUUAGACUCUGAUACCUCGAGUAUAUCCAGCAAAGAUGUCCUACGCAAGGCUUCUGGUUAA